AUCUCCGCCCUCUUUCUUAUCUUCUUCAUCUAAUUGGAGUUCCCUCCCUAGAGGUCUCACUGAGUUCCGUUUAGCAAAUUUCAUGUAUCUAACAUACUCGUUAAAGUUCACGUGGUCAGCCUUCAUGCAGUCUGAGUUCUUGAUAAACUUUCUUAUCUCCUGCUCCGUGAGAUACGUAUCUGUAGCACACAUAGCUUGAAUCAUCAUCUCCUUCGAAAUUAGCCCCUCCCGCUCAAUGUCUAGUUUUUGAAAGUCUGGGAAGUGAUUGUAGUCAAACUUGAGUCUGGUAGUAGCUGUGGUGACAGUUUCUGUUUUAGGAUUUGUAACUCUGACUCGAUAAAGUCCUAGGUGAGUGUGCCGCACUUCUUUAAUUGAUAGUCCUAUUUUCUGUUUGUUUUUUACUCGCACUGACCCUGUAAGUUUACUUUUGAUUAUCUUUUGUUUUGCAUAGUUUGAGGUUAUGACCAGUUUCUCCCAAAGUGUAUGUGUCACUGAAUGAGUUGUUGGCAAUGUAUAUCCUCAUUUCAUUCAACAUCACAUCUGAUCAUGAAAACCCAUUCUUUUCUACAAUCGUACAUACUUUUCUACAAUCCGGCCUUUUUCAUGAACGUGCUAAACUCGUGAUACUCCACAACCCCGUCCCCAUUCUCAUCGCUCUCUUUGAUCAUCAUGUCAACAUCCUCCUCAUCGAGGCCAGGAUUAGCUUUCCUCAGAGCUUUCGCUAACUCCUCGUUUGUGAUCUCUCCACUUUUGUCUUUGUCUAUUUCAUUGAACAUCGCUUUUAUCUUCUUCUCUCGUUUUGGAUCCUCUACGAUAAGCUCAGUUGUUGCUGAGUCCUUCUCAGCUUCAGGAUCUUUUGUGAUGGUUAUUGUGUAUUGUCCGCCGUCUUUAGGCCCAAAUUUGGCGAAUGUUAGAGUAAUCGUGCUUCCUUCUGAGAUGGUUAGUUUUCCUGCGGAGUGAAUGUGAAAAUCUUCGCUUGUUGGUGGGAGAAACUGGUCAUGUGAAUUCUGUGCAAACUUCCUGCUCUACGCCUACGGUAAAUCUAGUUGCUAGUGACAAAAACAAAAACAUUGAAAUGUGCAAUCAUAAUCUAUUAAAAGCAUAACUUACCAAAAGGCUUCUUGACGUCCGCCCCGAAAAUCUUUUCUGAAAUAACAUAAAUUAAACUCUUUCCUCCAUCCAAUAAUAAUUUCUUCAAGAAACAAAAGUGAACUUCACGAAAAUGAUAGUGAUCUCUCACCUUCUUUAUCUUUCCCUUUCACUAUGAUAACUCUACUCCAUUCCACCUGUUCCUCGGUCACAUCAUAUUUACAAUGUGCUACUAUUUCCACCGCUGUGCCCGGUACAGCAUACGUCUCCUUUGGAAUUCUGAUUGGCCGCCCUAUAAGUCCUGUGAUAAAAAUUAUAGCCAUAUUACAUUACUUCACAUUCUCCUGGUAAAUUAUCCAGAUAUAAUAUACAGACUGCACUAGUUUUUGCCAGAGUUGAUCUAUAAUUUUUAUAGGAACAAAAUCUUUUCUAAUACCCAACAUAUCCGGUGGAAUGCUAUGUAAAUGCUCCUUGUUAUCUAAAUGCACUUACCGACACCUUCGGCGAAAAUGCACGGGCAUAUUUUAGCGCAUAGUCCCUGGGAGAGGUACCGAAUUACGUGACAUAAAAAACUAAUUGAAAAUGUAUGAGAUCACAACUCCUAAAAUUAAACAAGCAAUUUUGAAACUUAAGUGUCAGUUUUUGAUCUCUUACCCCCAUUUCAGUGCUCCUGCUUCACGACAUGGCUCUUGAAACUAAACACAGUAUACAACGCUAAAAAGUCUUCCUUUAAGUAACAAUACUACAUAUAAUAUACCAGCAUGUGGUUUAAAAAUAGCAAACUAAUCAUGAUAUCAUAUCAGUAUAAGCUUACUACGAUACUAAUUGAGAACUUGUUAAACAGAAAUAUAUUAAUGGUUUUCAGAACUUUAUCGUGGGGAAAAUAUUUUAGGACAAUGGCUGACACGAUAGUUCGGCUAAAUGUUGGAGGGAGAAUAUUUGAAACAACGGAGACCACUCUGCGAUUUGAUGGUGUUGAUAACUUUUUUACUGCUUUGCUAAGUGACCGAACUCCUUCCCUCAAAGAUAGUACUGGAGCGUACUUCAUAGACAGAGAUCCGGAUUAUUUCACCGUGAUACUCCGGUUCCUCCGGACCCGUAAACUGGACGUUUCAAACGGACUACAACUGACCGCCCUGUAUGACGAGGCGUUGUUCUACUCUCUCGACGCUGUAGCUGAGGUCAUCAUGAUAAAGGUCACCACUCCAGAACUGUCCGGGACUGGGGAUGUUGUAGGGCCGAGGCUAAAUGGAGCAUACGUUAACAGCGACAAUACAAAAGCUAUCGUGUUUACUUGUUGUGGAGAUAACGACGAAACUGAGAAACGGAUAAUAUUAGUCGAGGACUCUUCCAAGGACGCCGUACCUGUUCAAGUGGACGCUUUCUCUCAAGCUAAGGUAGCGAGAGCGGCGACAAGUUUGCCUUCUUUAUGGGAUGAGUACAAUAAGGUGGACUACGCCGCUUUCUUCUACAAAUACAUAAAAAGAGGCAAAUUCCUAAUCCGACAGGAGGGAGGCAACACUUUUCUAUCACUCAUCGUACCUGGAGGAGAACAGCUGACCCAAAACAAGAUGGCUAUUUUAGCAUGUGGAGGAGGGGAACUUCUCUUCUUUGCAUCUGCAGCAGAGAGCUCCUUCGCCAGGUUCAAGUUCAGAUCUUUCAGCGAAAACGGAGAUGGUACUUGAUACGGUCUGGUUCACGGUUGGGAUUGGAAAGAUUAGAUUUAAUUAAUGACUGGUUUUAGAUUUUACCGGCUGAUUUUAACUUGCUAAGUGAUUGGAGAUUUUUUUCACUGUAUGUUAAUGAGAAUUUUCCAGUCAUGUAAGAUUACUUCAGUUCUUAAUAUUAUUGAAAACCUCAGUUUUGUAGUGUAUCCGAAAUUUCAUUAGAGUAGUCAGUCCUCAGUUACACGCUCUUUUUCUGCAGCAAGCCAGAAGUGACUUUCAGAUAUAAAUGAGUUCUGACUGUAAUUAGUUUAUUGAUUUUUAAUUGAUUUUGUGGUCAAUUCCUAUUGGACACUUUAUGAAGGUCGAACAGC